AUAUCGGACUUCUACAAGUUUUAGCAAUACUCAAAUUAAUACGUGGAUUAUUCCGACAUUGAAAAUAUCAAAAUGCCUUUGACGUUGAAACAUUUCCGAUCAGGAAGUACUUAUCCCGAGCCCACUCCAGGGAAGUUGCGACUGUACAGCAUGCAUUCCUGUCCGUACGCCCAAAGGACAAAGCUGGUGCUGCUACACAAGGGCAUCGAUCACGAAACUGUCAACAUUCAUCUACAAGACAAACCUGAAUGGUACUUGGAGAAAAUUACUCCCCUUGGCAAGGUUCCAACUAUCCAAUUUGAUGACAAGAUCGUUUUUGACUCGCUCAUAGUCAACGAUUAUCUUGACGCCAUGUAUCCUAAAGUUCGACUGAACCCAGAUGACCCUUACCAGCUGGCACGUGACCGGAUGCUAUUGGAGAAAUAUGGAAAGUUCAUUGGUGCAUUCUACAAAGUAAUGUUAAGUCACACAGAGGACAAGGAAGCCAUCGAGAACAUGUUCUCUGCCUUAGAUGAAUUCGAACUUGAUGUAAAGAAGCGAGGGACUCCUUUCCUUGGAGGCGACAAGCCGAUGAUGGUGGAUUUAAACGUCUGGCCACACAUAAUGAGGAUACCUCACCUGGCCUACUCCUUUAAUAACCCAGAAGUAGAGAUAUCUCCUGACAGGUUUCCGGCAGUGACGUCUUGGAUAAACAAGAUGGAGGAAAUACCUGCUGUCCAACAGACAAAUUUGAAUAAAGACCAAUAUAAACAGUUCGUUGAAUCGUAUAAGGCAAAGAAAGUUGAUUAUGAUGUAUUUAUAAAGGAAUGAAAUGACAUUUUAUAGAAAGAAAUGGUCAUACUUAUGACUUUAAAUU